AUGGAAGCCUCUCUGUGCACUUACACCUCCACAAAACCCCAUUGCUCCCAAACCCUAAACCUUAACGGCUUUUUCACUAAAUCGCUCUUCAAACCGAAAACCUCUUUGCGGAUCACCCACAAAACCACUCGAAUCCCAUCUAUUUACUGCGCUAUCAGCCGAACCAAGAAAGAAGAAACAGUGGAAACCGUCAAGAAGGAGUUGGAGAACUGCUACCUCCUUGCUGGAAUCAGCUACAAAGGCCUCACGGUGCAGCAAUUUCAAGACCUCAGGAAAUCUUUACCGGAAUCCGUGAAGCUCGUCGUUGCUAAGAAUACACUUGUGGGUAAGGCCAUCGAAGGGACUCCAUGGGAAGCUCUCAAACCUUGCAUGAAAGGCAUGAAUGCUUGGCUAUUUGUUCAUACUGAAGAGAUCCCUGGAGCUCUCAAGCCGUACAGAGAUUUCCAGAAAGAGAAGAAGUUGGAUGCUAAUGACUUCACUGGGGCGGUGUUUGAGGGAAAGUUCUAUGGGGCAUCCGAUUUCAAAGCCCUAGAAACAAUGCCGACGAGAGCAGAAAUUUACGCGAAGUUGCUGGGAUCACUUCAGAGCCCGGCGUCAGCGUUGGUUGGUACGCUUCAAGCGCCGGCGAGGGAUUUGGUCAUGGUCUUGAAGGCGUAUGUUCAGAAGUUGGAAGAAGGCGGUGGGCAAUAAAAAUUAUGCCAUUGGCGGAGCAGUAAGUUCUUCUUUACGGCCAAAGCCCCUUCUUUUCAAAUUGCCUGUAGUUCAUUUGCUGGUAAAUUAUGUAUGGAUCAAAUUGCAGAUUUUUGUAUCAUUAAGCUUAUCAUCUUCUUACAAUGAUUCUUCCUAGUAGUUGUUUCAUGU